ACCAUCAUUAGUGCACUUUUCUUUACUGCUGGUCUUCAACAUGAUGGCUGGUCAGGUCCUCCUGGGGGUUUCCCUCUUUGCCUUGCUUGUUCUGAAUGCUCAUGGUGUUCCUGUCAAAGGUACAAAAGGCCAACACCAGAGCAGCAGUGACACCGAUGCAGGGGGAAAUGUUGCCUCUCACAGGAGAGCAGCUCCUGGCUACACUGCACCUGUGUCCUACAAUGCUCCUGCUGGUGUCUUCAGGCAAGACCCCAGUCUGACCCAGCCCCAGUUUGUUGGUGUGAGCUCCAUGCCUGCAGCUGGAUACGCUGCCACUUCUGGUUCUGUUCCAGCAGGAUAUUAUAGCACUGGGGCCUACAUGCCAGGACAUGUUGCCAGCUCUCAACAAGUUGGAGUUGCUCAGACCUCUGUUCCAGAAGCCAAGUGGUCUAAGGCUCCUCAAGCCUUUGAGGAAUCUCCAACAAAUGUCCAGGGUUCUAGUGUCAUUCUCCCUCCUCUGCCACCUCCUGGACCUGUUCUCCAGUCUGGGGAGACUUCCAAUGUUGUGAAGGAAGCUGAACUUGGAAACUACCAGGACCAAACUGAGGAGUUUGGUUACCCAGCUUACCCUACGGGGCCUGUCCAGCCUCUUCCACCUGUGGCUCUGCCUAGCCAUGGUGUGGGUGGCUUGUGGGGCGACCAGCCUCCCUAUCCUCUGCCAUACCCCUAUCCUCCUCCAUACCCCUUUCCCUAUCCUUACCCUGUUUUUGACUACAGCCUCCUGUAUGGUCUGUACCCUCCUGGCACCUACACUACCUUCAGCAGAGACCAUGAGAAGGGCAAAGACUACUACCAGACCACCCACUACCUGAAAGACCAUGGUUCUGAUGGUCCACAGACACCCCAGAACCCUGGAACUGGGCAGCAGAAGGUCUACCCCAGUACAUCCUAGAGACCUGAAGGGAGAUGGAGAUGACGUGCCCUCUUGGAAGACGACUGUCUUUAAAUAAAGCUCUUAAAAUAUUUACUGGUUCUCUGUGGAAUUGAUGUGAAGGC